AUAUUCUGCUCUUUGCAAUAUUUCGCUUGUAUCUUGUUUUAACACUACUAGGUACCUACAUACCACCGUCAAUAACAAUGAACUCAGACAACUCUGAAGAUCACAAGCCGAAGUUGGCCAACAAGCAGAGGUCUAGGCUUACAAGUGGCCUGAGUCAAGGAAAAGUCAAGCCACAAGAUAUCGGCCUGAAAAUAUUAGCCCAACCUGUGGAUGUUGAAGAUAUCGAAGUCGACAUCGUGGCAGUUCACGGUAUCGGCGUAAACCCCAUCAAAACCUGGGUGUUUAAGGAAAACAACGUUAAUUGGCUCAGCCACGAAACUAUGCUUCCCGCUGCGAUACCGAAUGCUCGCAUCAUGGCGUUUGGUUAUGCAUCGUACUGGUUUGGGGAUGAAGCAGUUAAGUUAACUCUUGAUGGUGUUGCUCGCAAGCUGCUUAUGGCACUUGGUAGCGCACGGGAUGGAUGCAAGCAUCGGCCAAUCGUCUUCAUAGGACACUGCUUUGGAGGUCUUGUCAUACAGCAGGCCUAUACCAUAGCAGCAUUACAUCAUAAGGACGAGGACUUUUACGGUAUAUUUGACUCUGUGACGGGAGUAGUUUUCCUGGGCACGCCGCAUUAUGGAGUUCAGGACAGCUUCCAACGUCAAAUACAGGGUCAAAUUUAUAAGAAGGUUGCCGAAGCAAAUAUUCAAGUGCAAGAUAACAUAUUACACAGCAUGGCCCCAGACAAUGACUUACUGGUUAAAUGCGUCUUUGAUUUCACCAGGACAGUUGCUCUAGAGCAACAACAGGCCCCAAAACUCUUCUGCUUUUAUGAGCAAAAGCCGUCUAGGAUUGACCUAAUAGUUGGACUUCCCAAUAUCACGCAGGAGUUCAUCGUCAAUGGAUCUUCAGGAAUCUUGCAUGGACACCCUUGCGAAUGUUUGCCUUUGGAUCACUUUAGCAUAAACAAGUUUGAGGAUAACCAAGAUGACAACUACAUCUCGGUACGCAGGCAAAUCGUGAAAAUGGUAAAAGGGUCUAAAUAUAUCAUGAAGGGUAGAAAAAUAAUCCAGGUGCCUCCAAUGGGAGAUUACGAGAUUAUUGAUGGCCAUAAGCUGCAGAGAUUGGAAGGUGCUGGCACAACGAGGACAAAGCAGGAGACGGUCGGGGAUGAGAUUCAUAAUGGGCAAAUAUCCCCAGCCUGCUAUUGACUACCUAGGUAUCUAGUACUUUCUCUUAUAAAAUUGCAUAUAUCAC